UAUGUUAAAUAAUUGUCAUAAAUGAUUUUGCUUUGAUCAUAUCAAGUCAUGAAUGCCAAAGUAAAAUGUGUAUUAUGGUUAAUCGCCAUUAUUAUUGAUCAGACCACAUGUCAAAAUAAUGGUGACACUGCUGGUACUCCCGGUGCUGGUGGCGGUGUUGGAGCUACCGGAUCAAUUGGUGGUGCCGGGACUGCUAGUGGAGCUGGCGCUAAUGGUAGACUAAGUGGUACUACUGGCAUUGGUGCUACUGGUGCUGCUAGAGCGUUUAGUGCUUCUGGUUCCAUUAGUGCUUCAGGCGUAGCUGGUGCAGCUGAUAAUGCUGGCACCGGUAGACAAGCUACUUUCGGUACAUUCGGUCCAGCAGUUUUGGGUACUAAUAGUGGUAUGAAUGGAUUAGGCACAGGAGUAUUAGGAGCUAAUACGGGUAUGAAUGGAUUAGGUACAGGAGUAUUAGGAGCUAAUACGGGUAUGAAUGGAUUAGGUACAGGAGUAUUAGGAGCUAAUAUGGGUAUGAAUGGAUUAGGCACAGGAGUAUUAGGAGCUAAUACGGGUAUGAAUGGAAUAGGUACAGGUUUGGGUUUAGCCGGAGUAGGCAUACCGAGUACUACAAAUGGGUUAAAUAUAAAUGGAAUGGGAAUAACUGCAGGCACAAACGGAUUAAGUAUUAGUGGAGGAUUGGGUAUGCAAGGUAUGUUGCCAUUUCCAUUUUUUCCUCCUUACGGAUGUGAGAUCAAUUGUAACUUUCCAUUAGCCAUGUUGAAUCCAACUAUGCCAAUAGUUAUUACUCAAACCUCAAUAACGACUCCCUCUACAGUUACUCGCCCAGUUGUUCCAGUUACACUACCACCAGUAACGACAACACCGAGGGUAACUGUUGCACCUAUCCAACCUGUCCAAACCCAGUCAGUUUACAACACUCAGGUUUAUUAUGUAUAUCCUAACUGGUGUACUGGAUGGUGUAGGUUCUUGUAUAAACCUCAACCAAUGUAUUAUCAACCAAGCUGUAUUUUAUUCUCGUGGUUGGGUUUGUAAUAUCAAGUUAUUUAUUUAGUAAUGUAAUAAUUUAUUUAUUUUUUUAUUAUUUUGCAUACAAAUAUACCAACUUGACAUAAAUCAAAAAAAAAAAAAAAACAAAUAAUAAUAAUA